GAUUAUUCCCACUUUCUGCCAACUGAUCUUCACUUCUCCUACUCAUACUUAACCUGCCAACCCUCGUGCCUGUCUAUUACUUGACUAUCGCUCCUCUCCACGCGAUACACCCCUGCUGCUCCCGUCUUGUGUUCGCGUCGCUUUGUUCCCUCCCGCGACGCAACGCUAGGCAGCUCUCACCAGCCUCCCAGGGACGACCUCUGACAAACGAUAAAAAAACCUCAGAACGAUGUGGUCGGGACUGCACAAGCCCGGUGCGCUCCCGCUGCUGGUCCUCGUCUUAUUUUCUCUGUUGAGGCUUGUGCCCUCCUUGUCGCAGCAGUGGGAUGCGUAUUUGCUUUGGAAGCCGGGGGAUGUGGACAUGAACAUUCUCGAUCCGUCUAUUCCUAGAAGACACACCGCGACGACUACAUACAACUGGACGAAUGCGAAUGCCAAUGCCGACGUGCAACAGUACAAGUCGUACGCUACCACGAAACCCCCGACGUUGAUUAAACGGGUCCGCUCGUUUCGAACCCUGUUUGUUUCGCGGGCUGGGGAUGUCGCGACGGAGGUGCAGGUGCAUGCAAAUCUGUCGAUUCAAGUACAACAGGCACAACAAGAAGUACAUCAACAUCAACAAGAAGAAGUACAUCAACAUCAACAACAAGAAGAAGUACAACAAAAAAAUCAAUUUACGAUACCACGACUAUACUCAUGGCAGCAGGCCUGCCAACUUCAUUAUCUGUCCGAAUAUUUCAAAUCCACCGUGCUCGCCCUGUCGCGCCUCACGCCGCGGGACCCUCACCCAGCCUCCCUCUCGAAACAAACACCCUUUAAUCACCCUGAACCAGAACUAGAGCCUGAACUAGACCCGCCAAUACAUCAGCCCCAAGAGUCAACCCAAGAGGAGACCGUGACGUCCAUCUCCACCGAUGAAUCCGGGUAUGCGCCGCAACGACGCGGGAGCUGUUUGGCCAUUGUCGUCGGGCUGGUUGUCGGGAUCAUCUGGUUUUAAGCCUGGUUGGUGGUAUGCCUUUCUCUCUGGACUGGCUGCUUCAUCCCCCAUGCUAUACUUGCUACGCUAUACACGAUUAAUCAUGUAUGUAUAUGACUAGAAUACUGAUAGU